AUGGAUCUAUUCGACUUUUUCCGGGACUGGGACCUGGAGCAGCAGUGUCACUAUGAACAAGACCGUAGUGCACUUAAAAAGAGGGAAUGGGAGCGGAGGAGUCAAGAAGUCCAGCAAGAAGAAGAUCUCUUUUCUUCGGGCUUUGAUCUUUUUGGGGAGCCCUACAAGGUAGCUGAAUAUACAAACAAAGGUGAUGCACUUGCCAACCGAGUCCAGAACACGCUGGGGAACUAUGAUGAAAUGAAGGAUUUGCUAACUAACCAUUCCAAUCAAAACCAUCUAGUGGGAAUCCCAACGAAUUCUGUGACCCAGGCUCCCAUCAACAAAAAUGAACCCAGCUUUGUUCCAGAACCAAAGAACCGAAUGAUCCCACCUCUCCAGGAUCAUACCCACCCCUCUGCACCAAUGCCUCCACCUUCUGUCGUCAUACUGAAUUCCACACUAAUCCAUAGCAACAGAAAAUCUAAGCCCGACUGGCCACAAGAUAGUCCUAACCCCACCGCGGUACCAGCAAACCAGGUCAGUAGCCAGCCAAGUAAGCUGCCAACUUCUAAGCAGGACCAGCCCCAAGCCAGACUGGAAGACUUCUUUGUCUACCCAGCCGAACAGCCCCAGGUGGGAGCAGUUGAAAAGUCAAACCCAUCUGCAAAGGAAGACAAGAACCCCCAAUCUAGCGGAGAGGAAGCUUUCAAAGAAAUCUUUCAGUCCAACUCACCACGGGGAUCUGAAUUUACAGUGCAGGCACCGGGGUCUCCCCUAGUUGCCUCAUCUUUAUUAGCUCCCAGCAGUGGCCUUUCAGUUCAAAACUUCCCACCAGGGCUUUACUGCAAACCAAGUCUGGGGCAGCAAAAGCCAACGGCAUAUGUGAGACCCAUGGAUGGCCAGGACCAGGCACCUGACAUCUCGCCAACACUGAAGCCUUCCAUUGAAUUCGAGAACAGCUUUGGAAAUCUGUCAUUUGGAUCACUCUUGGACGGGAAGCCCAGUGCAGCCAGUACAAAGACUAAACUCCCAAAGUUCACAAUUCUUCAAACUAGUGAAGCAAGCCUUACCAGUGAUCCAAGUUGUGUGGAGGAGAUCUUGCGGGAAUCUCAGCAUCUGACCCCAGGAUUCACUUUACAAAAGUGGAGCGACCCAACCAACAGAGCAGCUACAAAGUCAGUAUCAUUCAAAUCAUGCCUCACGUGCAUGGACAAGCUGGACAAUGAAGAGGGCAGACUGCAGAAGAAGACUGAACAUACCAUGGACUACCAGAAGAACAAACAAAUCCGUUUGGGAGGAAGUGUAGUCAGAAUGCUCCUUAGGAGCAAGGAUGAUGUGACUGUGCCUCAGGCUGUUGAAAAGACAAAGCCUAAGAAUAAUGCUGGAAACCUCCUGGUGGCCACAUCCCCACCCCCACCCAUAGUGCAAGCCAAUGGAGGAUCCGGAAGCUCCAGCGACUCAGAGAGCAGCUCCGAGUCUGACUCAGACACAGAAAGCAGCACCACUGACAGCGAAGCCAAUGAGGCCCCUCGUGCGGUCACGCCAGAGCCUGAGCCACCCUCCACCAACAAGUGGCAGCUGGAUAAAUGGCUUAACAAAGUCACCUCUCAGAACAAAUCAUUUAUUUGUGGCCAAAAUGAAACACCUACGGAGACGAUUUGUCUGCCUCCUCCAGUCAGCCAGCCAAUGGAAGUCCAGAUCAAGGACAAGCCAAACCCCAGCCAGGUCCUGGCUGAACCCAAAGAAGGGCCUCUCCUCAGCCUUAUUCGGGAGAAAGCCCGUCCACGACCCACCCAGAAGCCUCCGGAAACAAAGGCUUUGAAGCAUAAAUUGCCUACAACCCUGGAGACAGCCUCUCAGAAGACAAUGGGGAAAAAACAGCCCAAAAGGGUCGACAAGAACACUAGCUCUGAGGACUUUCCCUGGCCCAAACCAAAUAUUACCAGCAACACUCCCAAAGAAAAAGAAAGCGUGGAGCUUCCUGAUCCACCAAGAGGCCGCAACAAAGCCAGUGCCCACAAACCAGUGCCAAGGAAAGAGCCCAGGCCUAGCAUCCCCUUGGCUGUUGAGAAGAAGAAAUACAGAGGGCCUGGAAAGCUGGUGCCCAAGUCCCGGGAAUUCAUUGAAACAGAUUCGUCCACAUCUGAUUCCAACACAGACCAAGAAGAGACCCUGCAGAUCAAAGCCCUGCCGCCUUGUAUUACCCCUGGGGGCAACAUUGCCAAAUCCAAGGACAUCUGUGGUGCCCACAUAGCCGUCAACAUCAACAACAGCAGCAUCGUCACGAUUGAGGAGCCAACUUUGUCACCACCCCCGCCCGCCCUGCAUACUGAGCGGCUGUCCCCUCUUAGACAGCACGAGAAUCUGAAAAAUCUCUGGGUGAAGAUAAACCUUGACUUACUCUCUAGGGUGCCCGGUCACAACUUGCCCCAAGCCGUGCCUGCCAAGCCAGACCACAAGGAGACGGCCUCAAAACCUAAGCGUCAGAGUGCAGCCUCAGAAAAACCUGCCCCGAAGGGCAAGCGUAAGCACAAGCCAACAGAGGCUGCAGACAAAAUUCCCGAGAAGAAACAGCGCCUGGAGGAGGCUUCCAUGAUCUGCUUGCUCCCGCCUUGCAUCUCACCAAUCCCACCGCAAAAGCCUUCCAACACUAGAGAAAGUAAUUCAUCCAGGAGAGCAAAUAGAAGGAAAGAAGAAAAACUGUCCCCUCCUGCACUUUCCCCACUGCCAGAGGACCUCGCCCGGCGCAGAAACGUCAGUGGCAACAGUGGUCCCUUCGGUCAUGACAAAAUCAUCUCCAUGACUACCCAGGUCCCCACGAACAAGCACAGGAGAAGUGAAGGCAAAUUCUGCUCAACUUUCAAAGGGGUAUCUGUGCAUGAGGAAGACACGCCCAAAAAGGCAGCCUCAGCCACCAUCACUGUCACCAACACUGGUACCGUCACUACUACUGCCGGGGUCUCUACCACUGUUACGGCCACUACCACAGCUACGGCCACCACGACAACCACUACCACCACCAUUUCCUCCAUUACCACUGCCAUCACGGCUGGCCUCAUGGAUAGCACUCACCUGGAGAUGACGUCCUGGGCGGCCCUGCCACUCCUGUCCAACAACAGCACCAAUGUCCGGAGACCCAAGCUCACUUUUGAUGACUCGGUCCACAAUGCUGAUUAUUAUAUGCAGGAGGCUAAGAAACUGAAGCACAAAGCUGAUGCCCUGUUUGAGAAAUUCGGCAAAGCCGUCAACUACGCCGACGCAGCCCUCUCCUUCACUGAAUGUGGCAAUGCCAUGGAGCGAGACCCGCUGGAGGCGAAGUCCCCGUACACCAUGUACUCCGAGACGGUGGAGCUGCUCAGGUAUGCAAUGAGGCUGAAAAACUUUGCCAGCCCCUUGGCUUCGGAUGGGGACAAAAAGCUGGCGGUAUUGUGCUACCGCUGCCUGUCACUGCUUUACUUGAGAAUGUUCAAACUGAAGAAGGACCAUGCUAUGAAAUACUCUCGAUCACUGAUGGAGUAUUUUAAGCAAAAUGCUUCCAAAGUUGCUCAGAUACCAUCUCCGUGGGUCGGCAAUGGAAAGAACACUCCGUCACCAGCGUCUGUCAACAACAUCUCUCCCAUCAACACGAUGGGGAACUGUAACAAUGGCCCAGUCACCAUUCCCCAGCGCAUUCACCACAUGGCUGCCAGCCAUGUCAACAUCACUAGCAACGUGUUAAGAGGCUACGAACACUGGGAUAUGGCCGAUAAGCUGACACGAGAGAACAAAGAAUUCUUUGGUGACCUGGACACGUUGAUGGGGCCUCUGACCCAGCACAGCAGCAUGACCAAUCUUGUCCGCUACGUUCGUCAGGGACUGUGUUGGCUGCGCAUCGACGCCCACUUGUUGUAGUGGGUAUUCUCCAUUUCUCACAUCACCCAUCACUACCUCUACCAGUACCGACUGGUGGAACUUCACUCAUUUGGGAAAGUUCUCUUGGAUUAUGUUUGUUUUUAAUGCUUCUUUAUCUGUGAAAAACAGAAGUCAUUGUACGUGGACACUACAACUUGAGAGCUGCCUGUGUUUUCUUAAAACCUAGUCGUUUCCCAGCAUUUUAUAAGUAUUCUUCAGACCCCAUCAUCCUUCUGUGCGUCAUGGAAUGACACGGUUCCUACAGUGUCAGUCCACACUACCCAAAGACUGGAGAGCACUUGUGAUGAUAACAAAUUCCUGAGAAAUGAAACAAAAUGUUUUACCCAUCUAUGACAACUUAGACACAAAGGACCUACGCAGAUUAAAAUUUUCAGCCAUAGCUCAUUCCCAAACUAUACUCUCAUGUCCAGAAAAGAACAUACUUUAGAAUCCAUUGUUUAACUUUUGUUCUUUCCACAGACUCAAUCUUCAGGUGAGAAUUUCCAUUGCCCAAACCCAGUGGCUAGAGGCUGUAGCAAUAGUGAGGUGUUCAGACAACAAAUCAGCAGAGCAAUGCCACUCUUAAGGAGAUGCUAUACCAGGCAACCAAGGCCUUGUUUGUUAGCAUCCCUUCCUGGUUGCCCAUUUUUAAAGUUGUAAUAAUGAGAAAGAAUGGUGCCAUUAAUUUAGACACUUCUAAGGCAUUGUGUUCUGAACUCCAUGAUUUGAAGCUUAAGUCCUUGUCUGGGAUUCUCUCUUUGCCAAGCUCUGCUUUUAAGGAGCAGUGAAAUGAAUGUUUGCCCUAGUAGCCAACAUGUUACCCUCCAGGAAGAGAUGGAAGAUAGGAGUGGUCUGAAAAAGUGGCCACAAGGAAUUCACACUUCUAUGUCCUUUGAAGUUGGUGGGCAAAUCAGCCAUGAGUAGGGUUUAUCCAUUUUAUUUUGCUAAAAUCCGUGGAAACAAAAGUCAAGUUGUCACUGCUUCGAGGCAAGAAUAUACAAUUUAUUUCUUAGCAAUUUUAAAAUCUGGACUUCCCCAAUUAUUAUCCAUAUUUUACAUGGCUUCUUUUCUUUCUUUCAUACUUCUUUCCUUUUUAUUUUCUUUCUUUCCUUUUGGCUCAUUCAUUUUUGACUGAAAUACAAUCACUGAUUCUAUGACAUUUUUUAUUAGCAUGAAACAGUUCCAUGAAAAUUCCAAAGAAAACACUUAACUCUAAGUAGUAGCUAGCCUUUAAAAAAAAUAGAGAAAGCCUUAGGGGGAGUAGGGCAGCUUGGGUACUUGCAAAGUACACUGAAGAUUAUGAGGCAGUCAUAUGAUUUGUAGAGAUCUCUCGAUCCCUUGUGAUUAUCCAUCCCCACCCAAUCUGGGCCACCUCCCUUCAUGUGAGGUCCCUAAAAAUCACAAUGUAAAUACCAUCUUGGGUGUUCCAGCUCACCAGAAGAGUCACCCAUGUGCAGUGAACACUAUCCAGAUGUCAAUUCAUUGUAAUAACCUGCCAGCAUAUAAUUCCGCAUAGCCUUUAAUCUACUGAGUUCUUGAAUUCUAUUCACUGAGUCAUGGCCAGAUAAAUAAUAGAUACAUGCACAUUAAAGAUGCAAACUUGUAUGAUUUUUUUUAAAGCAAGUCAUGCAAGUCUGUGAUUGGAACAGCAAGUGGUUGGCCACCUUGCACUCUCAUUGUCAAGAUCGGAUGCUUCCCCCAUUGCAAAAGAGUCACACUUGAGCUCUGCUCUGGACAUCUUUGAGUUUACGACCCUUUGUGGUAGAAAUCAUACUCUAAUGGCUAAAGCCAUGUUGUUGAGGUGACUGAUACGAAUAUCCCAGCAGCUGAACUCCGCACCCACUGUGGUUGAGCUUUACUUUUGCCGCCUCUAACACACACACACACACACACACACACACAAUUUAAAUACAAGAGAAUCCUGUCUAAGCCUCUUACAUGAGGAAAACAAUAACGUGGAAGACUAUGAACACCCAAGUCAUUGAUUUCACAGCUGUGGGUGUCACAUAUCAAACUUAAGCUGAUGUUUUUGCAGUGACUCAAGUUCUCUCUUUGUUUUCCAUGGCUUACCAGGUCAAGCUCCUGGCUAUUCCAGCCAAUGAAGUCCACUGGGCUUGACUUAUAAAUCCAACCCAGACCAUUUUAUUCCUUCUACUUAGGAGUAAAUCUUGAAAAUCAAUCUCCACAAACUAGACAAUCAAGUGUUAGGCACAGUUUCCCUGGGAAACAAGCAUAAUACCUUGUGCUUGUAGCUCUAGUAGUUUCAGCCAGUUAACAUUGACUUUGCAUGCAAUAGGGAGGUGGUAGGUCAUCCUACUGCCUAAUGUCACUCCUGAAGCGUGAGGGUGACGUGUGUGUUCAAUCAGCAGCACAAUGAUCAAGUCUGACAGUUGAGCUCACGAUCACCACCUGAUUAUUUGGCAGACCCACUUAAAAAGGCAGCUUAACACCCAGUUAGCCAUGGAGGAGAAUGUAUCAUUCGCUCCCUGAGGAGACAGACAGAUACCUUUCAGGCUCCUGAUGGAGGAUCAUUGCUAUUUUCCAGGCACUCUAUUCAUUACACUGCAAAUGGCGAUGUGUGUCAUUGGUAUGCAACUCUUCCAGGGAUGGAGAUAUUUGGUCAACUAACUCUUUUGUGUCCCAGUUUGUGAAUAUGAGACAUGUGGAUGGCAGGGCAAGAUGCUGCCUCUGAAGGAAGUCGAUUUGCAUCUCCCUAGUCCUUGGCAGAGGAAGCCUGGUCGAACACAUGGGAAUAAGAAUAGGGAAGUAGGGUAAUGGGUGGGGAGUAAUGGUCAGCAUUCACCCAAGCAAGAAAAAAUGAGGAGGGAAUCUCAGCCCUGCAGUGUGGACGAAGGAGAGCCACCACUAUGCCUUCAUUUGUCACCAAGCUCCAACCGCAGAGAGUUUGACAAUUUUGUAUUAUGUUGACUAGACUUUGUAUUUUUAAUUCCCUUUGGAUUUUUGGUGGUUUUAUCACAUUACUGUCCGAGUUUGGUAGGUAGGAUUAAUUUGAAAAGUAUUUACUAGUGUGGUCCUCAGGGUAGAGUUUAGCCAUAAGCAUGUUUUAGCCCACCUAUAAACUGUUACUUACUUAAUCAUUUCAUUGCAAUGUCCUAGUUGCUUUGUAUUUGGAUGUCAUCAUUGGGAAAGCAGGUUAGCUGUUGCUACUUUUUCUCCAUGUAAUGAAAGAAAGAGGUCUAAAGCUUCACAAGCACAUUGCAAAUUCAGAAGCUGUUGGCCAAGGUGUGUUUUGUUGAGUUGGCGAAUAUAUGGAUCAUCAUUUGAACAUGUUAGCCCUGAGCAGGAUUUUGUUCCCUCAUGACUUUGCAGAAGCGAUCUCGAUCUGAUUUUGUUUAACUCCAUUUUGCAUCCCAGAAUUCAAAGUUGGAGUUUGAAGUCUUUACAAAGGCAGAAGUGAUAAGCUGUGAGACUGAAGCCCAAUGUACUUCUCAAAGGACAUGAUCAAGUUCACUUGCAUGAGUUGGUGGGCGAGAGAACUAAAUUGGAUCACUGGGGGGGACUGAGUCAGGCAAUGGAUCUGCCUGUUAAGAGAAGCAUCACUAUCCCCAUUGAGAGAACAUGUAGUGAGAUGCUGUCGCUACCCAGUAUCAAGUCAAUGGGUUGACUCCUUGGCCCCAAACUCAAUUCUGUUGGGGAACAUGUUGAGCCAGUUGUCGGUAUUCUGUUACUCAACUGGCAAACUAAAUGUGCCACUGUUGGUGUCGUCCUUGCUGUUGUUUCUCCUUUUGUCUCGCACAGCCAUCUUCUUAUAAUUAAACACUGAUUCUUUUUUCA